GCUGGGGGCCUCUUUGAAGGCCGAGCCCAGAGGUCAUGGAGCUGAGGGGCCUUGCCGGGGCCGUAGGGCCCACUGUGCAGCUGCUUGUGCUCCUGUGCAUCAAGGCUCUGACUGCCCAGGCUGCCGACACCUGUCCAGAGGUGAAGCUGGUGGGCCUGGAGGGCUCCGACAAACUCUCCAUUCUCCGCGGCUGCCCGGGGCUGCCGGGACCCCCUGGACCCAAGGGAGAGGCAGGGGCCAGAGGAGAGAAAGGAGACCGAGGGUCCCCUGGACCCCCUGGGAAGGCAGGACCACCCGGACCCAAAGGAGACCAAGGAGAGAAGGGGAUGCGUGGAGAGAAAGGAGAAACGUGGGAGCGCCAGGCCUGUGCCACAGGCCCCCGCAACUGCAAGGAGCUGCAGACCAGGGGCCACUCCCUGAGUGGCUGGCACACCAUCUACCUGUCCGACUGCCGGCCCCUGACCGUGCUGUGUGACAUGCACACCGACGGCGGGGGGUGGACCGUUUUCCAGCGAAGGAUCGACGGCUCCGUGGACUUCUACCAGGACUGGGCCGCGUACAAGCAGGGCUUUGGCAGUCAACUGGGAGAGUUCUGGCUGGGCAACGACAACCUCCACGCCCUGACCGCCCAGGGCUCCAGUGAGCUCCGGGUGGACCUCACGGAUUUCCAGGGAAACCACCAGUUUGCCAAGUACAGCUUGUUCAAGGUGGAGAACGAGGCACAGAAAUACAGGCUGCUCCUGGGGAGCUUUGUGGAGGGGAGUGCAGGCGAUUCCUUGACGAGCCACAACAACAACUUCUUCUCCACCAAAGACCAGGACAACGACGCAUCUUCUUCAAACUGUGCCGAGCGGUACGAGGGCGCCUGGUGGUACAAGAGCUGCCACUCGUCCAACCUGAACGGUCGCUACCUGGGGGGGCCCCAUGAGAGCUCUGCAAACGGUGUCAACUGGAAGUCGGGGAAAGGCCACAACUACAGCUACAAGACGUCGGAGAUGAAGCUGCGGCCCACCUAGCGGAGGCCCGGGCCGGCCCAAGCUCACGCCCGUUGGAGAGGAAAUCACGCACAACAGCGAGAGCUCCACGUGGCAUCCUGUUUCUGGCUUCCAGCUUUCUAAACCAGCUGGGCCAUCAGCCUGCCCAAGCCUGCAUGCAGCACCCCCAGCCUUACCCGGAAUAAAAAACGAUAGUUUUAAAAAGUGUUUGCUUUUUGGCAGACCACACGUUUUCCCCAUUUUCCCCAUUCUCAUAUGCAUUUCUUGAUCACCCAUCUGUGGCAACCCGUGGCCUGAGCGAAACAGGCCUGCAGAUCUUUGGUGCACAGCAGUCUGCGUGACCCAGGCAGCUAAAUGUUUAACCUAUUGUCUUUCUAAGCCAGUAAAGGGAAAAAGGGUAAA